GAUGCAAAGGAGGAAGCAUGGUAAAGGCAGCAUCUUUCCAGGAUCCAUGGGCUCUUUGAGACAUGAUCAGAGGGAGGCCAGAUGAUCUGCACAACGCACAUGCCACUGUUUCUCGUCCACAAAGGCAGCAUCGGAGGGUUCUCCCCAGCCCUGCACCCCCCAGCUUGCCCGAUCGUUUCCGGAUGUUUCGCAGCUGUGAGUGGGAGGUCCUGGAGCGAUCCCUCAAUAUCCUCCAGGCCAGCGACUUCUACUGGGGCCCCUUGUCUGUGGGGGAGGCUCAUGCCAAGCUCCAGCGGGAGCCCGUCGGCACUUACCUGGUGCGGGACAGCUCGCAGGGGAACUGCUUGUUCAGCCUGAGCGUGCGGAUGCCAACGGGGCCCGUCAGCCUCCGAAUCUCUUUCCAGGAGGGCUAUUUCCGCCUGAAGAACUGGUUUUCAGAUUGCGUGGUCCGGCUGCUGGAGCUGGUGGUGGCAGGGACCCGGAACAACCCCUUGCACUUUGAUGAGAUGGGGGGAACCCCCCUGGUCUUCUCCGAGCCUCUGUGCCGGAGCCGCCGGGCAGUGCCCACGCUGCGAGAACUGUGCUGCCGGAGCUUGCCCGCUGGUGCUGCGAUGGGGGAUGGAGCAGGGCCGGGGGGUUCCUCAGGGACGUGCCUGAGGGAGGAGGUGGUCUCAUCCCCGGGUGGAAGGGGAGGGGUGGAGGUGAGUGUCAUCCCCAGCCCCUCUCUGUCCUGGGCUGGGAGAUGA